CUGAUGUCCUUGCAAAAUUACUUUGUGCGAACGUGAAUUUAUUGUUCGUUUUGAUGUUGAAUAAAUCGCAGCCAGUGAAAUUGCUUCAAUUGUCAGCCAUGGGUUUACUUGACAAAAUUCUACCAAAGGAACUAAGUGAUGCGACGAGAUCAGAUGUGGGUAAAACGACCAUUCAACUAAUCGAUACGAUCUACGAUUUUAUAAAUUGGUUUGCUUACUUUGUGGGCAUUGAAGUUAGAAGAGAUUGGAAAUUUAACGUUCGAUCGAAAGUCAAUAUGAUUUUGAAUAUUUUCUUCGCCUGGACGGAGAUCUAUACAUUUUGGUUGGUGGUUCCAAGCAUUGAUUGUGUUAUAUUGUUAACUGGCUUAUGUUUCACUGUUACUGUCAUGAUAAAAUUUGCAAGUGUGGUGUUAAAUCACGAAAGAUUUUUGUCAUUAGUCAAUGUCAUCUACAAAAUGGCAAGCAAAAAUACCGAGGGAAGAAGACACCUCAUUAUUGCAGAUGCAAAAAAAACAAUUUUCCACCAUUUCAAACAUAUAAUCAUUGGAGUUUACUUCGGAGGAGUUGUGUACCUGUUUUAUCCAAUCUACGACUAUGUCGUUAACAGAACUUUGACACCAGUCUCUCCGUUGAUUUUUCCUUUUUUGGACGACGAUACCAUCAGAAGCUUUUUGAUUUCAACAAUGCUCAAUGUUACUGCUGCGUUGGUGAAUAGUUUUGGCACUGUUGCUGUGAGUAUGUUUUUUGUAACAUUUGUGGAAGCAUAUGGCACAUUGAAUACAUUAAUCGAAGACGAUUUUCGUACAUUCGACGGCAUGUGGAAAAGGGGAAACAAAAACAUUGCAGAACGUAGAGCCGCAUUCAGAAACAUAAUAACGGCGAUAAUGCAUUCAGCGAGAUUUAACCUAUCAAUAAACGAGUUGUACAGCCUGAUCACAACUGUACAAAUUGGAUGCUGUUUUUUUACAAUGUCAACAUUGAUAUUUGGAUAUUUGGCGCUGGACUACGUUGGUGGUUUAGGAGCUUGUGUAUACUUUCUAACUGAAUUGAUGUUGUUUUGCUACAUUGGUCAAUUAAUGGACAACCAGGCCGAAAGAAUUGCGUCGAUUAUAUUCCACUCGGAUUGGUAUGUGUACGAUGUCUCUUGUCAAAAGGACAUACUGUUUGCUCUGUGUGUGGUCAAAAAACUGAAAUCUAUUAAUGUAGCCGGUAUCAUGCCAUUGAACUUUGCAACUGGGGUACAGGUGAUCAAAAACAUUUAUUCGAUCACAAUGUUUUUGCUAAACGCUUUGGAAUGAUGACUUUGUGUCGUUAUCAUU